AUGUCACAAAUCCACGAGUAUUACUCUCUAAAGAUGCAAGAAAACAGACUCUCCGAGCAGGGGAAUUGGGAGAACGAAUGGUCGCAUCAUCAUCCCAUUUCGACCUGGGAGACAACAGCAACGACUCCGACAGAAGUGCCCCUAGGAUUGUGGCAAUAUACCGCAGCGGCACUGAACUCUGGCGAGCUUGGAACUUCGUACUUUGCUCAUGCGUCACCGAUAUCCCCUCAUCCGACCCUCCAGUCCACUUUGUCUUCAACAACCAAUAGCCCACGAGGCGUUCAAUUUCCAAGUGAUGGACGGUUCGCUCCCCUCGCUCCAACAAUCGAGCAACAUAUCCGGCCUUCGAAACGUCCAACUCCUCCAGCUCUGCAACUAAAUGAAGAUGAUGAAAUGGACGAAGACUCAGAUGAGAUUUCCUGGGAACCAAGGACGCCAAUCGGAGUCGGGCAGUCCACAGCCGCUCCUGUGAGACCGCCCAUGCACCGGAGAGUCAAGUCUUCGAACGAGGUCCUGACGAGGGAUGCGAAAAGGGCGCAUACUGUCGUCGAACGAAGUGAGACCACCUUCCUGAAUGCGGGUUCGUUCGUGAUGCAGAAACGUACUGACAUCGCGGCAGAUUAUCGAGAAAGGCUCAAUGACAAGAUUGCCGAGCUAGGACUGUAUUUGUUUGAGACCUCUUCCGAUUCACGCACAAAGCCCUCCAAGUCACUCGUUAUGACUCGAGCCAAAGAACGCCUGGAACAACUAGAAGCGCGAAACAAGGCCUUGGAGGAAGAGGUCACCAAGUUACGGCAGCACAUCGCGAUACUAGAUCACGUUGUGUCGGCGAAGGGCGAGCAGGGGCUUUCGACCCCAGUGUAA